AUGGCAUACUCAUUGUUGCUGCUUGGGUUUUCUGCUGCGAUUUUUAUAUGUUAUGUAUCUUAUGAGCGUCUGUUCAAGAAAGUCAAGAUACCUGAUGGCGCCAAAACAUUGCCGGGUCCAAAAGGAUACCCAAUCAUUGGGUCAGUUCCUGAUCUCGACCCGAAGAAUCCAUGGAUGAAAAUGGUGGAUUGGAGUAAGGAGUAUGGAACCAUGUACCAAGUGAAUCUGAACGGCGAUACUACCGUCUGGAUUACCUCUCAUAAAAUUUGCGAAGACCUGUUUGUCAAGAGAGGAGCCAUCUAUUCGGAUAGACCAUUCCUUGCAGCUAUCGGAGAUGAUUGCAGAUACACAAAUCGAUACAUUCCCCUCGUUACCAAUGGCGAUGACAUGAGGCGCAUCAAAACUUGGAUGAAGGCCACCAUGUCCAGCAUGCCCCCCGAUCGUCUCAAGGGCCUUUCUCAAAAAGGCGCCGCAACAUUCGUCACUCGUCUCAUCGCCCAACCACACCUCUUCAAACAAUUCUGCGAAGAAUGCACCGCUCAAAUCUCAUCGCAAAUGGCCUGGAAUGAUCGCCGUCUCUCCACCGCCAAAGAAACCAUCAUGCGUGCUAACCAACUCCUCCGCCGUAUCUCAGCCGAUGGUGAUAUCCAAAACAAGCUUCCAUUCCUCCGCAAUAUUCCAGACUGGGUUCCCGAUUUCCUCCAACCAUGGAAAGUAGCAGAACGAGUACGUUAUCAACGGGAGAGAAACUUUUGGUUUGGAGAGAAAGAGGAAGUCAGAAAGUCACUUUUAAAUGAGAAGCCGGAUCCAUCCUGGAUGGCGCGACAUCUCAGCAUGCCUACUACUCCUAAAUUUGAAGAAGAUAAUACCUAUUCGAUCGGCAUGUUGGCGUUGAUCGGAAGUAUUCUUACGUCGUCACCUAUUCAAAGUUUCUUCCACGCUAUGAUUGUUAGUCCAGAGUGGCAGGCCAAGGGACAAGAAGAGGUCGAUAGGGUGUGUGGGGAUCGACCACCUUCUGUUGAUGAUAUCCAGCAAUUGCCUGUAGUGAGAGCGAUCAUUAGAGAAAUUUUCAGGUGGAGAAGUCCUGCUCCUGCUGGCGUUCCUCACGUACUGUCCCAAGACGAUGUAUACGAUGGCUAUUUCCUCGCCAAAGGCACCACCUGUUUCGCACUCGAAUGGGGUCUCUGCCGUGAUCCAGUCCUCUACCCCGAUCCCGAAAACUUCCGUCCGGAGCGCUGGCUAUCCCCCGAAUUUCCCACAUACAGAGAACCGCUUACCCAUUUCCCAUCCAUCAAAGCCAACCACGGAUUUGGUUGGGGAAGACGCGCUUGUAUUGGACAGGAUCAUGUCGAGAUGGUGUUGCUUACUGUUAUCGCGACGAUCUUGUGGAGUGUGAGUAUUAGGAAGCAGAAGAAUGAGAAGGGUGAGGAUAUCGAAGUGCCUUGGUAUGAUUACACCGCGUAUGUGAUUGUCAGGCCGGAGUGGUUUCCUUUUGAUUUGGUGGAGCGCAAGGGCGGAGUGGAUAGAUCUGCUUUGUUGAGGGAAAGAGCGGAUAUAGAGAUGGUUAGUGGAGAGGAUGGAGUUCUUAAUGGGAGGGCGGUGGGGUAUGAGAAGAGGGAGAUUUCUUUAAUAUAG